UUUAAUACAACGUGAUACGAGACCCACACCAAUUAUCAAUUGUCGCAUGGGCAGUGGGAAACACACGAGAAAUGCAUCGCCAGCACCUGAUCAUCGUACAGAGGCACGUUUACGCAUCGAUCCGAAAGUGUUGGUAUUUGUAGAGACAACGUAUUCAGGAUUGGGACGUGAUAUUGCAGAAUUACUUGUUUACAAUCGAAUAAAGUACAAAAUCGAAGUAGCCGGCAAGAGUCUUCCCUCCUUAACCAAUUUGGAUAAGGGUCGUUAUGGCGUUAUAGUCUUUGAAAAUCUCGAUAAAUAUUUGCACAUGGACAAAUGGAAUCGUGAACUCUUAGACAAAUACUGUCGCGAAUAUUCCGUAGGCAUUGUGGGUUUUGUAAGUCCAAGUGAAGAGACUCUAGUGGCGGCACAACUUAAAGGAUUUCCUCUCUUUGUUCAUACAAAUCUAAGACUACGUGAUGCCAGUUUAAAUCCGGCUUCACCUGUACUGCGUUUAACUAGGGCUGGUGAAACAGCUUGGGGUGCCUUACCCGGUGAUGAUUGGACGGUUUUCCAACAUAAUCAUUCCACAUAUGAGCCCGUCGAAUGGGCUCAGCGUAAUAGUCAAGAUUAUCCUUCAGAUGCUGGCGGACAAGUCCAUCUGCCUUUGUCCACCGUCCUACAAGAUCAUGGUCAAUAUGAUGGCAUAAAGCGCAUAUUCUUUGGCAGUAGUUUGAAAUUUUGGCUUCAUCGCUUACUGUUUCUAGAUGCCCUAUCCUAUUUAAGUCACGGUCAAUUAAGUUUGAACUUGGAGCGCAUGAUUUUAGUGGAUAUAGAUGAUAUAUUUGUGGGUGAAAAAGGCACUCGUCUUAGGCCCGAUGAUGUUAGAGCUUUGGUGGCUACACAAAAAAUUAUAGCUGGCAUGGUGCCUGGUUUUCGCUUUAAUUUAGGCUUCUCAGGGAAAUACUAUCAUCAUGGUACUAGAGAGGAAAAUCUGGGUGAUGAUUUUCUACUGCAAAAUGUUCAAGAAUUCAAUUGGUUUUCACACAUGUGGAAACAUCAACAACCGCAUUUGUAUGAUAAUGUCACACUACUCAUGUCGGAGAUGCAACUUAAUCAUGCCUUUGCCGUGGAACAUAACAUACCCACGGACUCGGGUUACUCCAUAUCGCCACAUCAUUCAGGUGUCUAUCCCGCCCAUGAAAUUCUCUAUGAAGCCUGGAAGAAAGUUUGGCAUAUAAAGGUGACCUCAACAGAGGAAUAUCCACAUUUAAGACCGGCCCGCUUAAGAAGAGGUUUCAUACAUCGCAACAUAAUGGUGCUGCCGCGUCAAACAUGUGGUCUCUUUACCCACACCAUGUACAUAGAUCGUUAUCCUGGAGGUAGAGAUAAACUGGAUGAAUCCAUUCAAGGUGGUGAACUGUUCCAGACUAUAGUCUAUAAUCCUAUUAAUAUCUUUAUGACACACAUGUCAAACUAUGGUUCCGAUCGUUUGGCUCUGUACACCUUUCAGUCGGUGAUUAAAUUUCUACAAUGUUGGACCAAUCUCAAAUUGGCCUCAGCUCCUCCCAUCCAAUUGGCCGAAAUGUACUUUCGUCUACACCCCGAAGAGGUAGAUCCCAUAUGGGGUAAUCCCUGCGAUGAUCCCAGACAUCGUAAGAUCUGGUCGAAAACCAAAAGUUGUGAUUCCCUGCCAAAAUUCUUAGUUAUUGGUCCACAAAAAACUGGCACCACCGCUUUGUAUACAUUCCUCUCAAUGCACUCGGGCAUUGUUAGCAACAUACCCAGUCCAGAUACUUACGAAGAGGUACAAUUCUUCAAUGGCAAUAAUUACUAUAAAGGCUUAGAUUGGUAUAUGGACUUCUUUCCCGCCGAAGUGAAUACCACUGUAGCACCCAAUUCCAGUCCACGUUAUAUCUUCGAAAAGAGUGCCACCUAUUUUGAUGGCGAAAUGGUGCCGAAACGCGCACACGCUUUACUGCCACAUUCGAAAAUUGUAACGAUUUUAAUAUCACCAGCUAAAAGAGCUUAUUCAUGGUAUCAGCAUCAGAGGGCCCACGGUGAUACUAUUGCAAAUAAUUAUAGUUUUUAUCAG